AUGGAAAAAGUUAGAUAUUUAUCUACAAUUUUUUUUCUUAAAGUGUUUCCGCAAGCAGCGAUGUGGUCGCGCAAGCAAUCAGUGUGUAGCGCGGUGAGCGACGCGUCGAAGGGCGAAGAUGAUCCGCUCAGCGGUGGCCUACAGCUCUACCCCUUCGCCAUCGCUCUGCGGGUGCGGGUGCUACAGAUCGUGUGCGGCAUCGGCGGAAUAGUGGUGGGAGCGGUGGGCUGGUUGGAGGAGAGACAGCAAGUCGAGCUCGGGCUCGGUGUACCAGCGGGGGGCAUCACAGUGCUGGCGGCAGCAACUUCAGUGUACUACAGCCGAGGCUUCGGCGGCUGGCCGUCCUCACGGGCGGGCGCGCCGCGCGCGUGGGGCGCCCCGUGGCGCGCGCUGGGACCAUCGCCCUGCGCCGCCGUGCCUCUUACGCUACUGUGGACGGCAGCUCUAGCAGCCCACAUUGCCAUGUUGGCUUUUUGUAUCAGAUCGCUCUUAAAUAUCGGAUGCGGUAGCAGUACGUGCAUAGGUGUGGCGGGCGCGCAGUUAUCCGUAUCCGUGUCGACGCUAGCGGCUGCUGUCUUUAUGCUGCAACUCGACCUGCGGUACGAUGCGUCGCUAUCCCCGCCUUCGCGCCACUCCGACAUGCACACCUGCACUGCUGUGUCUAUGGUGCCGCUGACUUCGGUGGCUGUGCACAGCGGGAACAGCGGCGACGCGGACGGCAGCCCGUACGAGAAGACCAAGGAUGCUCCUUCGCCGCUGGAACCCACCUGAUGCAGUAGCGCCUAAAGCCAUUCCACGCGCGAGCUUGUACAUACAUCGGAUUUCUUCCUGCAGAUAAAUCGAAUGAAUCGAGUGAAUGUCUCAUAACGAUAUGUCGGUCACAGAAAAAUUCACUGCACCAUUUCCUAACGCUCAUGUAGUGUGUGCUGGCUGUAAAUUCUUAAAGGUUGCGCUAGCUUGGGCAAGUCAAUUACUAACUAGGCGAACAAAUAACUUGACCUCAAGAUCUGAAACAACUUGGCGUAAUCAAAGACCGUUCUUAUACCGGUUGGUCCAAGAAGUCAACUCGCCCGGGCUUCAAACGACGGAAAGUUGCUGGACUUAAAACUUCAGAGCUCUGCAGGGCUUUUAAGUUAAAAGCCCAGCAGAGCUCUGAAUAGUCAAUGUGGACUUUCUUGCGUAGCUUUUGACUGAGACUGUAUGUUUGUAUGUAGUUCUUACUAUCAGUUACCAGAAUAAAGAGAUAUUUUUUGUAUAAAGUGUAUUCUUGAUGUUUUAAAUUAUGUAUCAUAAUAAAUGUAUACAACAUACCUCUAUUUAGACCCAUGUGUUUGGAUCAUUAUUGAUGUAAAAUUAAUCGUAAUAUAAAAUUAAAAGAAACUUUAUAAUUUAGAACGGAUAAUAAUGAAAGAUUAAAAUAAAAGUAUAUAAUUAUACUGGUAUACAAUUAAAUAACUGCCAAAUGAUAAAAUGUAUUUAUCGAAAAUGUUCUCCUGUAAAUACCCGUAUUGUAUUUUUUGUAUAAGGUAAGUUACAGCAACAAUGUAAAAUUCUGGACCUUGUAUGUAAAUAAACGUUUU